CACCUUCCUCACACUUUCUGUUUCUGUUUCUGUUUCUCUCUCUCCUCUAUCAACAAAAUCUAGUUAGCAUUUCCACACACUAUAUAACUCAGACAGACGACAAACUCAAACUUACUAGAGAAGAAAAACCAGAACCAAGAAAUGAAGCACAUUUUCAAGAAGCUUCAUAAAAGUCACGACCUUAAUCGCACUAACAAUGAAACCCUAACUCCUUCUCCUUCUUCUACUUCGCAACCUCAAUCCUCAACUUCUACUUCGUCGUCCUCUUCGGCGGCAACAUCGUCAUCGAUGGCGGUGGCGGCAACGGCAACGCAAUCCACCGAUCAAGGUAAUUCUCAGCUUACCGGUGUCGGAAACUUGCCGGCGGUGAAUUUGGCAAAGAAUGAUCAUCUUCGGCAAGGUGAUUACUUUUCGUCUGAGGAGGAAUUUCAGAUGCAGCUUGCUUUAGCGAUUAGUGCUUCGAAUUCUGAGUUUCGAGAUGAUCCGGAAAAUGAUCAGAUCCGUGCGGCCACUUUGUUGAGUUUGGGGAGGUCUAAUUCUAUUGAUAAGGGCCGGGAUAAAGAGGCUUCUGGUGAGGCCUUGUCGCGGCGGUUUUGGGAUUACAAUGUACUUGAUUAUGAGGAGAAGGUGGUCGAUGGCUUCUAUGAUGCAUUCGUUAUUUCAGUGGAUCCAGCAGUGCAAGGAAAUAUGCCUUCUCUUGUAGAUCUUGAAACAAAUGCCGGCGAUUCAGGUUUUGAGGCCGUGAUAGUUAAUAGGACAAUUGAUCCUAUACUUGUGGAAUUGGAGCAAGUUGCACAUUGUUUUGCACUUGACUGUCCUGCAUCCGAAGUUGGCAUUUUGGUUCAAAGACUUGCUGAACUUGUUACAGAACACAUGGGAGGACCAGUUAAGGAUGCAGGUAUAGUAUUGGCAAAAUGGAUGGAAAUCAGCACAGAAUUGAGAACUUCUCUUCAUACAAGUGUUUUUCCAAUUGGUUCUGUAAGGGUUGGCUUGUCACGCCAUCGGGCUUUGCUCUUUAAGGUAUUAGCCGACAAUGUCGGGAUAAAAUGUAGACUUGUGAAAGGAAGUCAUUACACCGGCGUUGAAGAUGAUGCUAUUAACAUAAUAAAGAUGGCUGACGAGAGGGAGUUUUUGGUUGAUCUCAUGGCAGCCCCAGGAACACUAAUACCUUCAGAUGUAUUAAACAUGAAGGAUUCUCCUGUUCCAGUAUACAACCAAAAACUAAACAAGAUCCCUUCCUUGCAGCCAACAAAUGCCAGACUAAAGCCAGUAAAUUCAAGGCCAAGUGGGGGCUCUCCUGUUGAAAAUAAUUCUCAUUUUGGUCGGAAUUCAGUCAUUGGAAAGAUUGAAUCAUUGCCUUCGUCUUCAAGCACCAGUAAUGACAUGGGUGCUGGCCCUUCAAGAGCUUCCAGCCAAUCAUACCCAAGCAAUCAAUUGGAUUUGCCUUCAACAUCAGCAGUGGGGGCAUCUUUGUUUAAACCACAUCGUGGAGCCCUUGCUGCAGGUGAUGGUACCAGGUUGAAUGUUAAUGUAGUACCCUAUAAUCAAGGUAAUAAUGAUGAAUCAAAGAAUCUUUUUGCGGAACUUAAUCCAUUCCAUUUACGAGUUUCUGGCCAAGCUUCACAGCAAAAUAAACCCAAAUACGAGAUUGAUGAGUCUCAGAGAUUUAAGAAUGAUGCUGUCUCCAGAAAACCGCCUUCUCCCAUGAUGUGGAAAAACCACCAGGCUAUCAAUUAUGUCCCCAGGAAUAAAGAUUAUGAUAUUGUUGAAAGUCAACUCCCGAGAAAUAACAAUGGAAACAAAGAUUCCAGAGCGGCACCAGUAACUUCAUCUAGAACAUCAGCUUCCCAAAAUUUACGUCAAAAUGGCUCUCAGUUGGAGAGUUCGACUCCAAGUGGUGUAAACAUCGAUGUGGGCAGCUCUGUUAGUGUUACUACAACUGCUGCAACGGGCAGUGGUCAGAAUGAUGAGUCUUUUACAGCGGAAGUCAGAAUUGCCACCCAAGUGAAAGACUCCCUGAAGGAAGCAGCCUCUUCUGGCGACAUGCUUGUUCAGGGAACUGAACGCAAAAAAGGUGGCACCAGUGGUGGCAAGUGCACUACUGAGGGUUUCAUUGGAACAGGAUAUAUAUUAAAUGAUUUCGAUCUAAGACCUGUAGAUUCUAACGGAAAGGUAGUUGACCAAGUGCUAGAUGAUGUGGGUGAAUGUGAAAUUUUGUGGGAAGACCUUAUUAUUGGUGAAAGGAUUGGACUAGGUUCAUACGGGGAGGUCUACCACGCAGACUGGAAUGGCACGGAAGUUGCUGUCAAGAAAUUCUUGGACCAGGAUUUCUCUGGGGCUGCUUUAGCAGAGUUCAAAAGAGAGGUCCGUAUAAUGCGAAGAUUGCGCCAUCCUAACGUUGUUUUGUUUAUGGGUGCUGUUACUCGCCCGCCGCAUUUAUCAAUUGUGUCUGAAUUUCUUCCGAGAGGAAGCUUGUACCGGAUUCUCCAUCGUCCUAAUUGUCAAAUUGACGAAAAGCGUAGGAUUAAAAUGGCGCUGGAUGUUGCGAGGGGCAUGAAUUGCUUGCAUACAAGCACACCAACAAUCGUGCACCGUGAUUUAAAGUCGCCCAACUUACUAGUUGACAAGAAUUGGAAUGUGAAGGUUUGUGAUUUUGGAUUGUCAAGGCUGAAGCAUAAUACAUUUUUGUCUUCUAAAUCAACUGCUGGAACGCCUGAAUGGAUGGCUCCUGAAGUUCUUCGAAAUGAACCAUCAAAUGAGAAAUGUGAUGUUUAUAGCUUUGGAGUGAUAUUGUGGGAGCUUGCAACACUUAAACUUCCUUGGAGUGGGAUGAACCCGAUGCAAGUUGUUGGGGCAGUAGGUUUCCAGAAUCGGCGCCUAGACAUCUCCAAGGAAGUUGAUCCUUUGGUUGGUAGGAUAAUAUGGGAAUGUUGGCAGACGGAGCCGAACCUGCGCCCUUCAUUUGCACAGCUCUGUGUAGCUCUGAAGUCUUUGCAGCAUCUUGCUCUCUCUUCACAGAUUGACCAGCAAAGUUCAGCAACCCAAUCAGAGAUUUCUGUAAAUUCUACGCCUUGAUUGUGAAAUGUGAAUAAAGACCUCAUAUUCUGGAUGUAGUUCAAGUACAUAAAGUUUAGCAAACCGAAAGUUUUUAUGCAGGAAAAAUAGUAAAAUUAGUUAAACACACAAGAAAAGAAAAAGUUGGUUAAGGCUUACAGGGCAGUUUUUAUUGUCAAUGUAAGUAGUGAUCAAGUUUCAAUUACAGGAGCCAGAGCAGCCAAAUUUUGUACAGAGAUGUGCAUAGUUUUAUUUUUAUUUUUUAUUUUUUAUUUUUUAUACAAACAUUGUGAUGUAUAUAUCUAUAUACGCUAUACACUUUCUUAUGAAAUCGGACCAGGAAGUGUAAAACCAGCAUUUCCAUGUAUAUAUGCGUUUAUCUUCGCUAA